AUGGUUUCAUCAAGGAAACUCCUCAUACAACUCACUUCUCUACUACCAAUCGCCCACGGCGCUGCAAUUCACCAGCGAUCCGACGACACCUCCCACUCUUCUCCCAUCGUCGACCUGGGAUACGCCAAAUACCGCGGUGUCAGGCUCGAUGCCGGAGUAGAUCAAUUCCUGGGCAUGAGAUUCGCCCAAGCUCCCCUCGGCAAUCUCAGAUUCCGCGCACCGCAAGAUCCAACUCCGGAGAAAUCUGUCCAAGAUGCCUCCAAGGUCAGUCAAACCACCUCACCCCUUACUUACAACAUCACAUCAACCAAGUUGGUUAACUCUCAACAACAGUUUGGCCCAAUCUGCGUAGGCGUCGGCCAAACAGUAAACGCAAACAGCGCAGAAGACUGCCUCUUCGUCAACGUCUUCAAGCCCUCCAGAGCAACGCCAAACUCCAAUCUCCCCGUCUGGGUCUACAUCCAAGGCGGCGGGUACGCCCAAAACUCAAACUCCAACUACAACGGCACCGAAGUCAUCCAGCAGUCCGGCGAUGGCCUCGUCUUCGUCAACUUCAACUACCGCGUAGGCGCUCUCGGCUUCCUCGCCAGUGAACAUGUAAGACAAGACGGAGACCUCAAUGCAGGCCUGCUCGAUCAGAGAAAGGUCCUCCACUGGGUACAAAAGAACAUCAAAAAGGUACAUGAACCUCUCACCCCCAAGAUCCAAACAAACACUAACAAAAACAAGUUCGGCGGCAACCCAAGACACGUCGUCAUCCAAGGCGCUUCCGCCGGCGGCGGCUCCGUAACGCACCACCUCACAGCCUACGCAGCAAAAAGGGACAACCAGCUCUUCGUCGGCGCAAUCCCCGAGUCUCCCUUCUGGCCAACCCUCCGUACCGUCGCAGACAUGGAGUUCCAGUACCACCAGCUCCUCUCCAACACAAACUGCUCAUCCCUCGACUGUCUCCGCGGCCUAGACACCCAAGCUCUCGUAGACGCCUCCCCCAACGCGCCCUUUGUCGGAGCAGCAAGCAACAAUCCUCUGCCCUUGUGGUACUGGCUCCCCGUCAUCGACGGACAUCUCAUCACAGACCACCUGUACAAUCACUUUGAGCGCGGCAACUUCGUCCGCGUCCCGGUCCUCGUCGGCGACGACACCAACGAAGGCACCUACUUUGCCUUCAACGCCACAGAACCCUCCCAAGUCGAAACCUUUCUCAAGAACAACUACCCCUACCUCCAAGAUUCCCAAUUGAAAAGCAUCAUCCGCGCUUACCCUCUCAAAUCCUCCCUCCCCAAACACGCAGCAUACUUCCCCUCCGCGGAAGCCGCCUACGGAGAAUCCACAUUCACCUGUCCCGGAAACACCAUCGCCGCCUCCGUAGCCAGAUUCUUCGACCCCCGCCGCGUCUGGAACUACCAUUACAACGUCCUUGACCCCGACAACAUCGCCAAUGGCCUCGGCGUCCCUCACACGUUCGAGACGAGCGCAGUGUUUGGACCCGGAUACUCAGACACGGCGGCAGCGUCCUACUUCACGACCAACGCCGCAAUCGUCCCCGUAACCAUGCACUAUUUCCUGAGCUUUGUGACAAAGUUGAAUCCGAACGCGGCCAAGUAUCAUUCGGCGCCAAACUGGGAUCCUUGGGGCCAAGGCACGGGGCAGCGCGUCAGACUGCAGACCAACAAUACUGCCAUGGAGCCUGUGCCGUUUGAUCAGAUAGCGAGAUGUAGCCUUUGGAAGAGCCUGCAAAGCUACACACAGAUGUAA